AUGCGGCGGCUAUCUGCCAUCCUGCCAAUUCUCCUGCUUUCAAAUUUUUGGCCGACAGUCGAAAGUUUAAAUUAUAAAUGCCACAAUGAUCAGAUUUUGGUAGUCCAAUCAUUUGGAAAUGAUACAAUUCGAAUGCAUUGUCAACGACUUGAUCUUUGUGGAUAUCAAAAGUUGAAGUGUGAUUAUGAUGAACUUCAACCACAAUGUGGCGGCAAACUCAACUUCGUAUCACAUGUUAAUCAAAAGGGAUCUACUGCACCAGUAGAGCACACUUGUUGUAAUUUGUUCAAUCCGAGAUCUCAUCAUUCCAUCCCAACUCAUAUUGGAAAUGAUUGCUUCAUUUAUGAGCUACCGGAUGGUUCAUCAAAUGGAAAGAAGGUUGAUCCAGCACCAGCUGAUGAUGCCCCGUAUGCAGUAUUGAAGAACCCAGCUGAGAUACCCGAACAGUUUGACGGAGUGACAGGCUAUCGUCUUCGACUUUUCCUUCUCAAAAAUAAAUCGCCACCCACUCUUCUCGUCAAAGGAAUUGAACGCCGCCUAGACGGAUACCGGGUGACCAUCUGUCGUCCAAGAUGCACUUCAUACGAUAAGGUCGUCAACGAUAAUGAGGGCGCCGAAGAUGGAGAAUGGAAAGCUAUUUCAUGGAGCUCGUGGAGCUCAUCGUCAUGGAGCACAUGGGCUCGCCACGCUUUCAAUAAGGCUGCUGCUGAAGGUGGCGAGGCUGCUGAACGAAUCAGAACAAGAAUGCCAAUUGGUGAAAAAACUGUAGCGGGAGCUGCUGGAGCAACUGGAGCUGCAGGAAGCGAUAAAAGUAACAUCAAUAUCCACGUUGAAUCUAAUGGAAACAAUAAUAAUUCUUUCGAAGGAGGAAGAAGUUCAUCGGAGAAGUCUGAUGGACAGUUGAAUAGAGAAAUCUCUGGAUCAUCUGAAGCUGGAGCUGGUGGAAAGGGUGGAGCUGGUGCUGAUGGAGCUGCUGGAUCUGGAGCUGGAGCAGGUGCUGGAGCCGGAACAAAUGGAAAUAUCAACAUUACUGUUCAUACUGAUGGAAAGAGCGGAGGAAAUGCAGUUGCAGUUGCAAACGCCAAUGUAACUGUAAACGGUGCUGGAGGCGUCUCUACUACUGGCACUGGAGCUCAGACUGGCAAUGAAUCAGGACUCGGAGGUAGUGCAGGAACCGAUAAAGCCGGAGGAAAGAAGGGAGGUCACGGAGAUUCUGGAGAUUCUGGAAAUAACAAAAACAAGGAUAAUGGAAAAGGAAAAGGAAAAGGAAAGAACGAUGAAGAGGAUGAAGAAGACAACGGAGAUGAGGAUGGCAAUGGAAAAGGUGGAAAUGGAGGAAAUCCGAAGGGAGAAUGGGAUGAUGGAGAUGGUGAUGAAGAUGAUGAUGGUACUGAUGGAGGAUCCAAGGAAUCUGGAAAUAAUGGAAAAGGAAAAGGGAAAGGCUCAGGAGACGGAGAUGGAAACAGAAACGGAAAUGGAGACGGAAACGGAAGGCCAAAAGGAGAUGGAAAUAUUAAAAUUAACAUCCAUUCCCCAGACGACAAUGAUCUUCUAGAAAAGGAUGAAAACGGGCCAAAUGGAAAAGGAGGAGCUGGAAACGGAAACGGAGAUGGUGAUAAGGAUAACAAUGGAAAAGGAAAUGGUACCGGAGAUGGUGACGGAGACGGCAAUGGUAAUGGAAAUGGAUUGACUGGAGAUGGAAAUGGAACAGGCGAUGGAGACAAUAAUGAAUCCGGCAACGGUAAUGGUGAUGGAUCUGACAAGAACUCUGGAGCUGGAGCUGGUACUAAACCAGAAAAUCGUGAAGGAGGAGAUGGAAACGGCAAUGGUACAGGCGAUGGGAAUGGAGAUGGGAACGACAACGGCAAUGGCUCCAAGGGACUAGGAACAGGAUCUGGGGAUGGAAAGGGUGAAGGAAAUAAAUCAGGAACACCAGGAAAAAGUGAUGGUAAAGAGGACGGAGCUGGAUCAAACGGAUCCGGAAAUGGGAAAGAAGGUGACGGCAACAAAUCCGGCGGAUCAGGCAAAGGCGGAGCAGGAAACGGAAAGAGUGGAGAUGGAUCCGGAGAUGGAAAGAACAAUGGAAAUGGAGGAACUGGCGAUGGAAAGGAUAAGAAUGGAAAAGGAUCAGGAAGCGGAGACAAUGACAAGUCAGGAACUCGAGCUGCAGGAAAAGGAAACGCAGAGGGUAAUGGAAAAGGCAAUGGAAAUGAUGGGAAAGGUUCGGGAUCCGGAGACGGAUCCGGAGCUGGAGGAAAAGGUGAUAAGUCGGAUUCCGAGUCUGGUAAUGAAGCGGAUGGAAAGGAUGGAAAGAAAAAUGAGGGAGCGGGAGGUGAAGCUGCUGCUGGAUCUGGUGGAGCUAACAAAGGAGGGUCUGAUGGUGAUGAUGAUGAUGUCGAUGUUACUGAUGUCGAGGUUGGAACGAAACCAUUGACAGGAACGAAACUCGAAGAGCUUCUGGCCAAGCUUCCAAAUGAGACAGCUGACGGAAAUGCAACAGGAGAUGGAAAUGAGUUUGGGACAGUCCAAACAGGAGCUAAACAUAAUGCAGAAUCAUCUGCUAGUGGAAUACCUUUAGUACAAGCUCGGAGUAACACAGUAAACGGUGGAGCGCCUGUUCCUCCAGCUCCUGGAUCUGGAGCAACUGGAUCUGGAACUUCUGGAUCUGGAACUUCUGAGUCUGUAACAAAUGGAUCUGGAGCAACGGAAUCUGGAUCAACUGGAUCUGGAACAACUGGAACUGGAACUUCUGGAACUGGAUCGUCUGGAACCGGAGCUAGUGCUGCUAGAACAUCUUCAAUUGCAGGUGACGCUCCACAAGCAGCUGUUCUUGCUGAUACUCCUGGAGCUGCGGGAGCAGCCGGUGGCGGUAGAUCAAAUUGCUUCUCAGCUGACAGUCUGGUUACUACAGUAACCGGUCAGAAAAGAAUGGAUGAACUGCAAAUUGGAGAUUAUGUACUGGUACCAUCAUCUGGAAACGUCUUGAAAUACGAAAAAGUCGAAAUGUUCUAUCACAGAGAACCAAAGACUAGAACCAACUUUGUUGUACUUUAUACGAAGAGUGGAAGAAAGCUCUCUCUGACUGGAAGACAUUUGCUCCCAGUUGCAGAAUGUAGUCAAGUUGAACAAUACACAAUGAAUCCAGAUGGAAUUGAUGUAGCUAUGAGAGAAUCGAAAUAUGCUGAAAAAGCAAGAAAGGGAGAAUGUGUACUUUCUAUUGAUGAGUCAGGUGAAGUCAUUGCUGAUGAAAUUGUUAGGGUAGGAAGAAUGACCAAUGUUGGAAUUUAUUCUCCAAUGACAGUUGAAGGAAGCUUAAUUGUUGAUGGUGUACUUUCAUCUUGUUUCUCACAUUUGGAAUCCCAUUCUGCUCACAAGCUCAUUUUCGAUUUCAUUUACUAUGUCUACAAUGCGUUUGGACUAUUAAACACAAACCACGUGGAUCUUCAACCAAUCCCAACAUUCGUCAGUUUUGCUCAAUAUCUAUCAAAAACCGUCUUGCCAUUCUCAUAGUUUAUCCCAUUUUAAUUUAUUAUUAUUUAUUUUUCUAUUAUUUUCCCAUAAUAAGUAUAAUUUCUAAUAUUGAUGAGUCUCACUAACUUAGUAAUUUAAGGAGGUCUUUCAAGGUUCAGCGGGUACAACAAUCAAUUGUCAUCCCCCAAGAAACCUAAUUUCUGACAUAAUAAGUAAUCACUAAUUCAUUUCCCCCAGUGAAUUUCAACAAAUCCCGAAAAAAUGUGUUCCAUUUCCACAUACGUGUUUUUCUCUCAAUUGCCUGUUUUUUCUAUUACUAUUAGGAUAUUCUAUUGUUUAUUUGUUUAUUUCCUUUUUCUCGAAUAAAUUAAUUGCCCAGUGU